AUGUCCGAGGAAGAUAAUAAGCCAUCCCAACGUAAGGAAAAUGGUGUUCCCAAAGAUAAAAGUGAAGAAGCAUGGGGAUAUGAUUUGUACCCUGAAAGGCGAGGAACGUUUUCACCAAAAUUAAGCAAAGUGCUAAUCGGAGAACAUGGAAAAGAAGGAAUUGAAAAAACUAAAUGCGAAAAAAAUGUCUAUGAAUGUGUAAAAAAUAGUCCAAUUGUCAAAGUUAUGAUGGCAGCUCUGAAAAGUUCUGGCUGUCCUAUCGACAUACGAAGACACAUAUCAUGUGAGGUCUGUGACUACUCAGUAAGUGGAGGCUAUGAUCCUGAAUUAAAUCAGAUUGUAGUGUGCCAAAAUGUGUCAACAAGAAAGGGAAUGGUUCAGGGAGUGUUAGCACACGAAAUGAUUCACAUGUUUGACUAUUGUCGAAAUGAAUUGGAUUUUAAAAAUAUGGAGCAUUUGGCAUGUACAGAAAUCCGUGCUGCCAACCUGACUCAUUGCUCGUUUACGAGUGCCUGGUCCCAAGGAGAUGCUUCCUGGUUCAAAGUAAAACAGGCGCAUGAGGACUGCGUAAAAACGAAAGCGCUCUACUCGGUGCUAGCAGUUCGUCAAAUAGGAAAAGCUGAGGCUGUUGACAUUAUAGAAAAGGUGUUCCCCAAAUGUUAUGCCGAUUUGGAACCAAUAGGACGACGAAUUAGAAGAAAUUCUGAUGACAUGUUGCGAGCUUUUAAAGAGGCACCAUAUUAUGGCUACGAA